GCAGGGUGCAGUGUGAUGGAGGCUGGCCCUGGGGCGUGAGUUUACUCCAGCGAACUCCAAAACAGCUGAAGACGGGGGGCUGAAAGAGACACCAGUGAUCCUCGCUCAAGGAGGGGCAUAAAAACACUUCAGGUGCUUUUUGUUUGGGUUUUAUAAGGAGAUCUCUGCUGGAUCUCCUUCACUGCGCUCCGCCCGGUGCUUGAGGACAGAAGAUGCCCAGGCAGUUCCUCUGCCCAGUGUUCGGCUCGUCACUGUGGUUGGCACUGAUACUCCAGUCUCUCAUUUCCUCCGCCGUUACCUACAGGAAACCAGUGUCCGGAGGGAAGAGACAUAGCUUUCUGGAGAGAACUUUGAUUUUACUGGACGUGAAUACGCGAAGCCCGGUGAAAGUUUUGAAUGAUAACUUCCUCUCCUUGCAGUUGGAUCCCUCUAUUAUAAAGGAUGGCUGGCUGGACUUUUUAAGCUCCAAGCGCUUAGUCACUCUGGCACGGGGACUCUCUCCAGCUUAUUUGAGGUUUGGGGGCAAACGGACCGACUUUCUCCAGUUUCAUAACCUGAAGAAUCUUGCAAAGUUUAGAGGGCCUGGACCAGACUACUACCUCAAAAACUAUGAAGAUGACAUAGUGCGCAGUGACUUCGCUCUGGACAAACAAAAGGGUUGCAAGCUGGCCAGCCACCCAGACAUGAUGCUGGAACUUCAGCGGGAGAAAGCGGCUCAGAUGCAACAGGUCUUGUUGAAAGAACAGCUCUCCAACAUCUAUAGCGACGUCACAUUAACAGCCAGGUCUUUAGACAAACUUUACAACUUUGCCGACUGCGCUGGACUGCACCUGAUCCUUGGGCUGAAUGCCCUGCACAGAAACCCUGACAACUCAUGGAACACCUCUAGUGCUCUGAGUCUGCUCAAGUACAGCGCCGGCAAAAAAUACAACAUCUCCUGGGAGCUCGGCAAUGAGCCCAACAGUUACCGCACAAUGGCUGCUCUGUCAGUUAACAGCUCUCGUCUGGCCCAGGAUUACUCUCUUCUGAGAACGUUACUGCAGUCGGUGCGUUUCUACAGCCGAGCGAACCUCUACGGACCCAACAUCGGCCGUCCUCAGAAAAAUGCAAUCAUGUUUCUAGAUGGGUUUAUGAAAAACGGUGGUUCUGUGGUUGAUGCAGUAACGUGGCAACAUUACUACAUAGACAGGCGGGUGACCAAAGUGGAAGACUUCUUGAAGACAAGACUUCUAGACACCCUGUCUGAGCAGAUUACCAAGGUGUUAAAGAUUGUUCAAACUCGUGCUCCAGAGAAGCGUGUGUGGCUGGGUGGAGUUGGUCCAGCUUGGGCAGGGGGAACCAACAAUUUAUCUGACACAUUUGCUGCUGGUUUUCUGUGGCUCAACACUCUUGGGAUCGCUGCAGCUCAUGGGAUUGAUGUUGUCCUCCGACAUUCUUUUUUUGAUUAUGGAUACAACCACCUCGUCGACCAGCACUUCAACCCUUUACCUGAUUACUGGUUAUCUCUGCUCUUUAAACGUCUGGUGGGCCCCAGGGUGCUUGCGGUGCACGUUGCAGGUCUCCAGAGGAAACCACGCCCUGGACGGGUGAUCCGGGACAAACUCCGCAUCUAUGCACACUGCACCAGCUUUCACAAUCAUGAUUAUGUCAAAGGGUCCAUAACCAUCUACAUCAUUAACCUUCAUCGCUCACGAAAGAAAAUCAAGCUAGCCGGGACUUUACGAAAUAAAACUGUUCACCAAUACCUGUUACAGCCCUUCGGGACAAAUGGACUUCACUCCAUGUCUGUGCAGCUGAACGGUGAGCCCUUGCAUAUGGUGGAUAAUGAGACAUUUCCUGAGCUGAAGCCACGGACGCUCAGGGCUGGAAGAACGAUAGCCAUGCCACCUGUAUCUAUCGGCUUCUACGUCAUCAAGAAUAUAAAUGCUUAUGCCUGCCGCAGAUAACACAUACUGACCAGCUUCAGAUGAUCUUCAUGGCCUUCUCCUCUUUUUAUAAGCCCACAGAGAUGUGGAAAAGACCCCUUUGUUCAAGCAAGGGUUGCACUGAAUGCUUCCAACAACAUUUCUCCUCUUUUUACCACAAGAAAAGCUUGACUUGUGGAAAGUGAAUGUAUUUUGGUUGCCCAUUUGUGGAUUUUUUUUGUCGCUUUUGGUAGCAGGAGUGUAAUGAAGUCUCACAGUGCUUCACAGAGUGUCCCUGAGAGCUUUGUAAUCCAAUGUUGAAGACCAGCCUAAGCUAUGAACUAAGUGCCAAUGUGUGGUUCAGAUGCGGUGGGAUGAUUACAAAGCAGAAUGAGCUGAAUUUUAACAUUUUCCACUGCAAUUUUGUGGGAAAAUCUGUGCAAUGGGUUUAAACAUGGUAAAAUUUGUUAAACAGAUAUGACAGCACUACAUUCUCAUUGGUAGCUAGAAACAUGAUCAGAUUUGUCUAAAUAUAUUAAGUGACAGCCGUUCCAGUUCUCUGUAGUUCUGUGGGUGUGGAUUCUGUGUGGCCCUGUCUGUCAGCUUAAUGUGAUUCAGCAGAGUAGGACAUGUUCCUGGAUCAACAUCCUUGUUGGUUCUUAAACAACAUUCCAGCUCGACAGCCAAUCAGAUUUUAAGGUUAGAUUUAAGGGGCUUGAACACUGUUCUUUUCAACCAAUCAUUUGUCUUUGAUUUUAGAGGUAGGUCAUGCUUAGGAUUGCAAGUCUUAGAACUAUGAUUGCUUGCUAGAAAUGUUGUUCCAGGACCAACAAGGGAGGUUAAUCCUGCUAAAUCACACUGUACAAAUAACAUAUACAUCUCUCUUGUGUACUUUUUUUUUGGAUACUGGGGUCUAAAGCCACUCCAAAAUGCACAGGGCCAAUGCAUCUUAUUUUUUUCAUCACAGAACAGUAAAUAUAAAUCUCCUAUUUAAAGCCAGCUUUAUGAACUUAUAACAGUUGACUUAUGACCUGAAAAUAGCUUGCAUCUUGGGUUCUUUAUCCCAUUUUUUUUUUUUUUUUUUGGUUGCUGCUUUACAAUUUUAAACUGUAUGACGAUGAAGGUACUAUGGGGUUUGCUAAAUCGUCCUUAUAUUUUAUUGAUAAAUUAGAAAGGAAUCACAUAAUACACAACUUACACACAACAAUACACAAUCUUUAUGUGAUUCAUCAGUUCUCUGAGAAACACCGUUUAUAACUGUAAUGUUUACAAGUUUGAUUGCCCAUUAUAGCUCAGACUCUUUUGAAGGCUAAAUAGAAAGAGUAGGAAGUUUUUGAAGGUGUCUUUUUGCUUUAUGAAGAACUGUGUAUCAUACAGUUUGUUGCGCUCAGGAAAUUAGCUUGUCCAUUAACGUCCUGUACAUGCCACAUUUUCUUUUAUAUAUUUUAGCUUUAACAUUGUGACCCUGAGCUUAGUUCUCCAGAUUUAUUUUUCUAUAUUAACACUACCUUAUUCUGUGUUGAUACAGGGACCAUGGAAAGUGUUAGACAAUUAAGCCACACUUAUAAUAAUUACUUUAGAUCAAUGACGUAUUAGUUCAAGUGGUAUUUAUUUUUCAAGAACAUAAAAUUUAGCAAAAAUACAUUUUGAAAAUUUAAUGAAAAAAGACAAGUAUCCUACAUUCUGAAAAACUGCUAUUUGGCUUGAUAUUUUGUUGUUUUGUUUUUUAAAUAUUUGUUUUUGAAAACAGUUUAAGUGUUGCCAAAGUGUGCAAUUACUUUUAGGGGCCACUAUAAAUCCCAUGUACAGCGAUUCAUUUUUGCUGCUAGCUGUUUUGAUUAAUAUUAAGCAUGAUGAGUGACAAAAAAAAUGUACAGGGUACAAACCUUUUGUUAUAUUAAUAAAUGUACAUACAAUUGUGUGCUUUAUCGCUCUAUAAAUAAUAU